GGUUCCACUGCAUAGUCGGCAUUCAAGCUCUGUCAGUAUGCAGUGCAUCCUCAUUCUUGACACUCCCCUCUCCUUUGGACAGUUCUGUUAGCAUAGCCUAGCCUAGAUCAAACAAGCCUAGUCUUGGUACAGUGCCAAAGAAUCCGGUAGCAGUCCACGCCCGGAAUUUCCCUUUUUUUAAAAGACCGAGAGAGAAUAGAUGUAAAUACAGGAAGGUAAUUGGUGAAGUCAGUGUUUGGGUGCCCAGUCUUUCUUAGGGAGUGUCUUGAAAGAGGAAGAUGAGAGAAAAAAUGUAUACACGGUAGCUUCCUGUCUGAGUCACUGGAACUCAGCUGCCCUUGUAGUUCACCGUUUUCAUUCCUGAGAGGUUUUUGAGACACUCCUCUGAGCAACGCAGAAACAGUCACUGACCGUAUACAGUCAUGUGAGGAAGGGAGGAUCCCCAGCUGCUGCUCCCUGUGAUGGCAGCGGACUGAGAGCUCAGGCAAGAAGAGGAAGUGAACAGCACACUUUGAAACAAAAGGCCGUUUGAUAGCAGGCAACAGACAAUUGUCAACAGAAGUAGAAUAGUCUGCCGUCCUACUGGAACAGCUGGAACACUCAACAAUGGAACGGGAGAAUGUUCUAGAGUAUGAUGAGGAUCUAGAGGACAGAACUCCUCCAGAAACAGAGGGGUGGAAAAAGCAGGAGAGACAUCAAGAGGAAGGAGAGGAUGAUGAGGCCAUGGGCGCAGUAUUACAGAGAGGAGGAGGAAAGGAUGAGAUGCAGGAAACCCAAUAUGGAGCCUCUGCUCCGUCUGCCUCCUCCUUGGAUCCCAGCUCCUCGCCUCCACUCCUGGCUGCUGGCCCUGAGCUGAGGCUGGUUCUGUUGGGGCAGGCUGGCGCAGGCAAGAGCGCUGCUGGGAACAGCAUCUUGGGACGCGGGGCAUUUGAGAUCAGGGCCUCAGAGGGAGCAGCUGGAAUGCAUGAUUGUAAGAGCAGAGCAGCAACAGUUGCCGGAAGACAGGUGACCGUGGUGGACACUCCGGACUGGUUCUGUUCGGAGCUCUCCCCGGAAGACAUCCAGCAGCAGAUCCGCUCCUGUCUGGCCCUGGUGGCCCCGGGGCCCCACGCCUUCCUGCUGUGCGUCCCUGUGGACCAGCCCGCCUCUGUGGAGCUCCUGGGGCUGGAGGCCUUGGAGAUGGUGUUUGGCCCCAGGGCCGUCGGCCAGCACACGCUGGUCCUCUUCACCCACAUGGAUCGGCUGUCCGAGGGGCUCAGUCUGGAGGACUACGUGACCAGCAGGGAGCGCCGUGACCUGCUUAAGCUGGUAGAGAGAUGCGGGGACCACUACCAUGCCCUGGAGAGAGGGAGAGGAGGAGGAGGAGAGGGGGAACAGGAGGAGAUGGAGAGGCGGAGUGUGAAGGAGCUGCUGUGGAAGGUAGAGCAGGUGGUGAAGGAGAGCGGGGUGGACUUCCACGCCUGGCCCCCUAAACACAAGGAGCCUGAGAAGCGUGGCAGGCUGAGGAGAGACAGAGAAGAGUGGUCAGAGAUGGAGAGAGAGCCCGACUCAUCCUCCCCCUCCGCCCCCUCACCCCUAGAGCAAGAGGAAGAGCAAGAGGAGGAAGAGCCAGAGGAAGAGCCAGAGGAAGAGCCAGAGGAAGAGCCAGAGGUUGAGGCUGAGGCUGGGCCCGCACAGGCGACGCACACAACGGAGACCAGCGAUGAUGAUCUCAUACAGGGUGAUGACGACCUUUUAGAGGGCGAUGAUGAUCUCAUACAGGGUGAUGACGACCUUUUAGAGGGCGAUGACCCCUCUCUCGCUCCCGCCAUGCCCCCUCCCUCCUUCCUGCGGGGCUUGUGGGACACGGUGGUCGGGUGGCUGUGCCACAUCCCCGGGCUGGUGAGGGGCACCGCCCUGCUGGGGUCCUUGGUGGGGUUCUUUGUGGGGGGGCCGGUGGGCAAGAUGCUGGGGGACGCUGUGGGCUCAGUGGCCACUGAGGUGGGCAGGAGGAGGCGUGUGAAGAAGACCCAGUGAGGGUGCACACACACAAGCAGCAGCAGAGACACUCGUUUACACAGAUAAAAAAGCAUAGACGCUACAUAGUUAUGCACUGUAGGAGAGUAUGCAGCUACAAAGCAAGGGCACACAAAGGCUGAGAGAGCUUGUUUACUGGGAAGCCACAGUGAGCUUGGUCCUAUAGGAUCAUUUUAUCAUAUUUAAGGCUGUAAUUAUUUCAAAUGUUUCAGUCAGUCAGCUUUUGUUUACUCUUUACGAAACGCACAGGGACAUUUUAACACUGCUGAACCACAUUCACACACAGAAAAUGUAAAUGUACACUAGGCUUACAAAAAAAACGUAUUAACAACAUAGGUUAAUUAAUGAAUAAAACAAAAUCAGACUAUUAAAUUGUGUUUUCUGUAAUUCACUGUAUGAUUCCUGCAUAGUCAAACCUUAUUGGUAUACAAUAAAACUGAAAAAGAAAAAAAAGAAAAAUCCACUUUUCUAGGACUAAAAUAUCUUGGACUCACUAGGAGUUAGAGAGAUAUAAUUUCAAUUAAAUAAAAACAUGUACAAGUUUAAGAAAAUUACAUUUCUCAAUCAUAUUUAGGCCUACUUUGAGUUGAUUUUUUUUUUUUACAUUAACACAGGGAAUCUCAGCAUUCCUCUGGAUUUUCCUCAUGGAGACAUGUAUCAGUGUUUUUUUAAUGCCUGGUCUGUGCCUCCUGACAUUAUGCAGACAUACAUGAUUUGGCAUGAUAUCAGCUUAAUGAUGUAUGCCUGACAAGAAAUUACACAAAUCAAUUAUCCACUUUGUAUUUGGAUAUGAGUGGUGCCAUUUGCAAUUAAAACAAGUGUAAUUACUGUGUUAUUGAGUGAAUUCAACUUUCACUGUGGCUCCCCAGACAGGGGGCCUCUGACUCCUGUUGCAAGGUACAAGUGCUUCAAUGUACUGCACACUGUGAUGUAAUGCAAUUAAUACUUACAUUUCACUCUGAACUUCUGAAGAAUAAAUGGGCUAUUACUGAGGUAAAAA